AGGUGAUAGGCACCUUAUGGAGACAAAGGUGGGCCUCUCUCUUCUCCAUCAUUUGAUGAAUGAGCCAAAAAGAGGCUCUUACCCUUCCCUCAUCUACACCUGCGGCCAGAGCAUCCCCAAGAGAGAGAGGAACCUCAAGACACCAUUUCUCCAUAGCCAAGAGAGCUCAAGAAAGCAAGAAGCUCAAGGAAGAAGAAGAAGUUGCAAAAGUAGAGAAUAACCUUAAGAAUAAAGGAACUUGUCAAAGGUAAUUCGAGAGCUUUCACGAAGUUGAAAGAGUAGCCGGAGUUAUCGCCGGAGUAUGUCAAAGUUCGCUGGAGUUUCGUCGGAGUUCAACCGAGAAGGGUAGAACUUCAUAACGCUCAUUCGAGAUUGAAGCUAAGGCUAGCUAUCCACACCUUGCUCGGUGAAGUGAUCCAAAGGAAGACGUGGUUCGUGCUUCCUUUACUGUUUUAAACUACAAACUAUGCUCAUGGAUACUUUGUAAUAAAUACAUUUGUUUUGGGCCUGCGUGCCUACAUUUUGGCCAUGUGUGGCCCAUAUUGAAUAUUGAAUAUUUCCACUAUUCAUUCAAUCCAAAUAUGUGAUGUUGUUAUGUAUGUUUGAUACUGAGUAUGGUAUGAACUAUGUUCAUGGACGCCUUGUGUGACUAAGUCACGUUGACUUGCGAGUGACGUCAUUUAGUCAUACGACGGUUGUACACGCGCUUAGAUGCGGUCUGGGGCGUGACAAUUUGAGCAGAACCUGGUGGUCAUUAGACGGCUGGAGCGCACCGAUAAACCGCUGGAGGUUGCACUAGACCACGCAGACUUUUGGGUCCAAGUACAUGACUUACCACUCAGUUACAUGACAGCAAAGGCAGCUCGUGGCAUAGCCAACAGUAUAGGCUCAUUUGUGCAAUUGGUUGAGAGCUCUUCUGGAGGAAAACAAAGGUUGGUUAUGCGCAUAAGGGUCACUUUGAACGUUACUAUGGCUUUAGUCUGACGCCUACAGGUUAGGCAGGAGGGGGACGACUGGAUUUAGGCAAAUUUUAAAUAUGAAAGACUCCUGAACUUCUGCUUUCUGUGUGGGAUCCUAGGCCAUGCUGACCGUUUUUGCCCAUUCAAUCCACAUAGCGGGCUGAGGAUAGGAGAAAAACCAUGUGGGCCAUGGCUGGGAGCUGAUAUGCGGCGUGGAGAAAUGCAUCUGGGGAACAUAUGGCUCAUUCCUAGCAAUAAUAAACAGGGCGAUAUGCAAGGAAAAAUUGUGGAGGUUGACAAUGAGAUAAGGGGUCAGGAAAGUUAUUUGGUGGAGGGCCUUUUGUCGAAAGGAAAGGAGACUGCUACAUCUGGAGAUGCACCUAGAAAGCGUCGGGUCACGGAGAUAGACAGCGAGGUGGGGGCACAGGCGAAUAAGGAUGUUGAUGACGUGUCUUCAAAAAACAUGGAGACGGCGGUGCUGACUGGACAGCACCGCCAGUAGCGGAAAUCGGCGAGGUCUUGAAGGCUGUUCCUUUAGCGGGGGCUGGUCAAACCGCAACACCCUUGCCAGUGGCUAGUCAAACUGGAUUAUGUUAUUUUCUUGUCUUUUAUUCAGUUCAGAACAUUGUUUUGUCUUUUAUUUCCCAUUCUAGUAGCAGGUUCAGCAUUGCUGCGUAUGAAGCCUACCACGUUGCGGGGUUAGCGAGAUGGUCCGCUUGUAUGCGCGAAUCCAGCUCAGAGUCUCACCCCAGUAUAUAGCCUUCGUUAUGACAACUUUGUAUAUGGUCCUCAGUUUUAUUUAAUUAUUAAGUUAUCUGUUUUCAAAAAAAAUAUGUAUUGUAAGUUUAGAUAGAAAAAAGCUUCUACAAUUUUUCAUAAGAUUAGGUCUAUUCUAUUUUAAUUUUCGCCCCUAGGCCUUCGAACAUGAAUGGCCGCCCCUGGACAGUACGAAUCCUGAAUAUUUUGGCAGUUCUAAUAAUUCUACAUGCUAUUUCGCUUCUAUUAGCUAUAAGUAUCUUCCGGCAGGGAAUGUGCAACUUUCGGUUGAUUCAUCGCCGGCAUGGCAGUAGAAAACAUCAUUUUCCGGCAGGGAAUGUGCAACUUUCGGUUGAUUCACUGUCGGACUGCCGGAGUAUACAAGGCAUGUUAGAAAUGGACAGAAAGGAGCAGCCGGGUGAGGUUCGAACUUCAGCGCUGAAAGAGGGAGAAAAUGGACGGUCGCAACGGCGUGAGACGAGAGAUGGAGAUUGAAGUGACGGUAGCAAGAGACGGAAAUAAAACGGCAGGAAUUGUUACACCAUGGGAGCUAUUGAUCAUUUUAGCACAGUGCUUAAUAUACGAAGCCAGCAUGAUGAGGAGAAUGAGGACUGUCGAUAUAUGCAUGUGACCUAGAUAUAAUGAAAGACUACAAAACUUUAUAUGAAACCCUGGAUUUGGAACGUUGGUAUCUUGUUCGGUCCCUUUUCAUAUUUUGUAAUUUCUAAAGAGAGUUAUCAAUGUAGUGGAGGAAGCUAAGCCAGUUCAAAGACAAAAUGGAAAGAUGUGGCUAAUAAUUCCUACUAUUUAUAUCUCAUAUGUGUCAUUUUUCUUAUAUACGGAGUAUAUUAUUUGAAAUGUUUAUGACUCAAAAGGUCUCAAUUACUC